UUACUGUGGAGAGGGCGAGGUCUCUGUUUUUCUCUGUUAUUAUGUCUUUAAACGAAGGGAUCGUCGUGAGGAAGGUUGUCAUCUGCAAGGAAACCCUCUCGAGCGUAAAAAAUGACCUCGUCUGCACUCAGCCUGGCUGCAACAAGGUUUUUAAAUCCUCUUCCAAUCUGGAUCUUCACCUGUGGAAGUCGCAUAAGAUUCAAGAAAAAAUGCCCUCGACAGAAAAUAAUUCAGCUGUGAUCCAGUAUCACUGUCCUGAACCUUGCUGCAAGUACAAUAUAGAGCAGGGGAGGUCGUUUCCCAAAGUUAAACUUCUAAAACAGCACUACUUGCAAAUGCACGCAACUCGGAAUUUUAAAUGUGAAAACUGCGGCGUCUUCUUCGCCACCUUGGCAGCGAAAAAUUACCAUGCGAAAACCUGUGGCUGCCAGUUUGUCUGCUCCUGCGGAAAGGUCUACACCAACGACCAGGCUAUCAAGGUCCAUGCCUUAAGACACAAGCACAAGCUUCCUUCAAAUUACAUAGUUAAGGUGAGCGUGGCAAACCAGGAACAACAAACCAUUGAGGCACUUCCAGCAAUUCAGUUGAUGGCUGCCGUGGCCCUGAGUGAACUUUGCAGGCCAGUUCAGAGAGACGCUGAGGUGCAGACUGAUGUCGAGGAAAAGCAGAAAAAGAAGCAAAAUACGCCGACCAAGAUUAAUGGCCCAAAACGUCGCAAGUCGACAACCAGUCAGGAGACGCAGACCCAGUCGACCAGCAGCACAAUCCUGAAGAGGGCCAUGCUGGACGCGAAAAUCCCAGUACGAUCUGCAAAGCGGAAGAGAAACACCGAGACGCAGACUGUGCGGAAAACACCAAAGAAGGCGAAAAAUACUGAAACGCAGACAGCACAGUAUCAGGAGCCUCCACCCAUCGAGCCAGAUAUUAAGUCGGCUUCUCCUCUGCUGGAGGAAAUGAGCAAGGAACAGCCGCAGGUGAUCAACGACGUCGCCCUGCGCGAGGGCUGGAUCAACCAAAAGUCGACGCAGACCAUGCCCUUCGACUACCCCAGUCUGGACACUCUGCUCAACGACUACAAGGUGCAGCAGUCGUGCGAGACGCAGACCGACCUGUUUGACGAAAGCUUCCUCAACGAAUGCGAUGCCAGCUUUUCUAUCAACACAGAGACCCAGACUUGUGAUGAGAUUAAUGAGACCUUCGAGAACAUGCUUCACUCCAACAUGUACACCCAGACUUGCGAUGAGCUUCUCAGUCUCAGCAAUCUCGAUUUUGCCGACAUCGAGACGCAGACACUUAAUUUGGAUUGAGAUUUUUGUAUUCUGCGUCUUUGCAGACUGCCUGACACAGACAGGGUUGCAAUUUUUUCUCCCGUGUGGUUUAACCAACGCUGAUUUUUUUACACGAUUUAUUAAGUUUUUAAUUUUACUUCGCAAAAUGAAGCAUUUAUUAUUGUUUUACAUUUUUCUAUU